AAAAACACUGUUCGACGAGCAGGAGUAGCGGCGAAGGAGUGAAGGAAAUACAAUCGAGUUUAAUCGAAAAACUUAAAUUUUCCAAGACAUCUUUGGACGGAUCAAAUUGAAUCCACCACUUUGCAGAACAAUGCUGCGAAUUCCGCUCACCCGGGUUAUUACCCUGGGUUCCAGAUGCCACCCACAAGCAAUCAUUCGAACCUCCACUACCGCUCCGGCGAAGGUGCCAGAAAAGAUUGAAGUAUUCGUCGACGAUCAAUCGGUGAUGGUAGAACCGGGCACAACAGUUUUGCAGGCUGCAGCGCAGAUUGGAGUAGAGAUACCUCGUUUCUGCUAUCAUGAACGGCUAGCGGUCGCAGGUAACUGCCGCAUGUGUUUGGUAGAGGUCGAAAAAUCACCUAAACCGGUAGCGGCCUGUGCGAUGCCGGUAAUGAAAGGUUGGCGCAUCAAGACCAAUUCGGAAAUGACCCGCAAAGCGCGAGAAGGCGUCAUGGAAUUCCUGCUGAUGAAUCACCCGUUAGACUGUCCGAUCUGUGACCAGGGUGGAGAGUGUGAUCUACAGGAUCAGGCGAUGGCGUUCGGUUCAGAUCGAUCCCGCUUCACCGACAUCCAUCACACUGGUAAGCGUGCCGUCGAAGACAAGGACAUCGGUCCGUUGAUCAAAACCAUCAUGACGCGGUGCAUUCACUGCACGCGUUGCAUCCGCUUCGCUUCGGAGGUGGCGGGCGUUGAUGAUCUUGGUACUACCGGGCGCGGCAACGAUAUGCAGAUCGGUACGUAUGUGGAAAAGUUUUUCCUUUCCGAACUGUCCGGCAAUGUGAUCGACCUAUGUCCGGUCGGUGCGCUCACCAACAAACCGUACAGUUUCGUGGCACGCCCCUGGGAAAUACGGAAAGUUGAAUCCAUUGACGUGCUGGACGCGCUCGGCAGCAACAUCGUGAUCAGUACGCGCACUGGCGAAGUAUUGCGAAUUUUGCCGCGUGAUAAUGAUGCCAUCAACGAGGAGUGGUUGUCCGACAAGUCGCGUUUUGCUUGCGAUGGCCUGAAGCGCCAAAGGCUGAUUGCUCCAAUGCUUCGCAAACCGAACGGCGAACUCGAAGCUGUCGAGUGGGAAUCUGCAUUAAUUACGGUUGCGCAGGCGUUGCGUGGAGCACCAAAGGGAAAAGUUGCCGCUGUUGCCGGAGGACUGGCAGACGCUGAGGCGCUAGUUGCGCUUAAGGACCUGCUCAAUCGAUUAGGAUCGGAAACCUUGUGCACCGAACAAAAGUUUCCAACGGACGGUUCAGGAACGGACUUUCGCUCUAGCUAUCUGCUAAACUCGUCGAUCGCAUCGUGCGAAGAAGCGGACUUGGUACUGCUCGUGGGCACCAAUCCUCGGUAUGAGGCACCGCUCCUUAACACCCGUUUACGCAAAGGUUUCAUCCAUAACGAGCAAAACAUUGCACUGAUUGGACCGAAGGUUAACCUUUCCUACGACUACGAGUAUUUGGGCAGCGAUACAUCAGUGAUUCGCGACAUUGCUAAUGGGCACCAUCUUUUUGCGAAGAAGCUGCAAGAGGCAAAGAAACCACUGAUUAUCGUUGGUGCUAAUCAGCUGGCGCGCAAGGACGGGCUUUCUUUCCUUACUGCGUUGCAUGUCUUUGCAAACGGGCUGUCAACGGCGGAUAAAAACUGGAAAGUGUGGAAUGUUUUGCAAACAAAUGCAGCUCAAACGGCUGCGCUGGACGUAGGCUAUCGUGCAGGCAUCGAAUCGGCACUGGAAGUUCAACCGAAAGUACUCUUCCUGCUCGGAGCGGAUGCUGGAGUUAUUGAUCGUGAAGCGCUGCCCAAAGACUGCUUCAUUGUCUAUCAAGGGCACCACGGUGAUGCUGGCGCACAACUCGCACACGCCAUUCUUCCUGGUGCAGCCUACACCGAGAAGCAGGCUACAUAUGUUAAUACAGAGGGACGUGCCCAGCAGACGUUGGUCGCCGUGACACCGCCCGGCCUGGCUCGGGAAGAUUGGAAAAUUCUACGCGCUCUGUCGGAAGUCGCCAGUACUCCGUUACCAUACGACACUCUAGAUGAAUUGCGGGCGCGUAUGGAGGACGUAGCGCCUCACAUUGUGCGUUACGGACGUCUCGAGGCGUCCAACUUUUUCAACAUCGUCGAUGCACUGCUGAAGCACGGAUCGGUUCAUUUCGAGAGCGCCCAAGUUGAAGUACUGCAGAAAAAAUUGGAGGACUUCUUUAUGACCGAUCCGAUAACGCGAGCAUCACCUACGAUGGCUAAAUGUGUGACGGCCGCAAAGAAACAGGCAAUCAACUAAAGCUGUUAAAUUUGUCGCUUAUCGUUCGUUUCUUUCGGCCUUAAUGCGGCUAGCACCUGAUAGCUCGGUAGCUCUCAACGGAAGUAUACUUCGCGAUGCAAAUAGAAAUUCAAUAAAUUUUGUGCUACCAUCGA